AUGUUCUAUUUUUAUUUUAGGAAAUAUUAUUGGUUUUAUCUUAGUAAAGGAUUAGAGAAAAUUAAACGAGAUAAUUGGAUUGAACAAACAGCGUGGGAAAUUGAAUUUCUUGUUACAAGGUGGCAGUUUAUGUUACCUUUGAUUUUAAAUAUAAGUGGAUCUCUGAUUUAUUAUCAUACACUUGGUCAAUCAGAUCUUUCACUAGCAGUUCCUAUUACCAAUUCAUUGACAUUUAUAUUUACAACUUUAGCAGCUAGUUUACUCGGCGAAGAAAUUGGAUCCAAGAAAACUUGGAUUGGAAUUGCAUUUGUUGUAAUUGGAGUAGGGCUAUGUGUUGGUAGUAAAGUUCA